AUGUUGUACAGAGCCGACCUUUCUGGCAGGCAGAGGGCUGGCCGGGACGGCUCCAACACAGGUACAGGAGAACAGGGCUGGAACCGCUUUCUGCAGCGGCGCCAUCGCUUGAAGCCUCCAGAUCUUUUCGACGAAGGUGAAAAGAGGUUCGAGAAGUACGAGCAAGUGGCAGCAGGCGCCGACGUAAGGCCUCGAGCAGCAUUGUCGCCGACCCUGAAGACGCUGCUGACAGAGGUGGAGCGAGUCGACGAUGAGCCGCCUGUGCUGCAUGGUUUGCCCACAGACAGCGGGUCCUUAGGCAAUUUGGCACACGGAAACGCAGCACCAGCAAAUGUCAUCUCCCAAGCAGCACAGCUCAUCCCCGCACGUCUUCCUCCGCACACGACCACACAGCUGCGCUGCCACGUCCAUCCCGCUUUCGUCAUGGCCGUUCCCUGGCGCGGCCUGGCCUACGCCAGCUCCUUGGCCGGCCGCUACGUGCUGGGCGAUGGGCUCACGCAGCGGCUCUUGGAGAGGCGCGAGCACGACUGGAGACGCAGCUGCCUUUUCGGUUCUUUCGGAGCUGUCAUGGGUGCUCCAGCCUACCUUUUCUACGCAGAGUUUCCCACCAGGGUUUUGAGCAAGCUCGUCGAGGGGCGGUGGAGAAUGGUGGCUGCCAUGAUCGGCGUGGAUGCACUUAUCUUCAUGCCCCUGGUUUACUUGCCAUGCUUCUACACCUUUCGAGAAGCAAUAUACAACAGGCUGCCAUGGCUUAAAUCGAGAGCACGUUUAGCCUCUGAACGGAUGGUAGUGCAGUCUUCGAAAGAAGGGCCGCAUGCUCUAUGUGCAGUCUGUCGAGGCACGGCAGCUGCAGGUCCUUGGCAUCCGCUUCCUAUGCAUACUGGUCGGAGCACGCACCCAUAG